CUUUCGUUUGCCUGUCUAAAUUGCUAAAAAAAAAUCACUAGUUCGUCCGGACGUAACAAGCAGGGUAGGUGGAUUCGUUAAAUUAAAUAUUUACUAUUUAAAUUUUUCAUAUUUAAAUUUUUGUUCAACUUUGGUUGAGUUGGUUUCGUUAAAAACUGAUGUUUGUUGGAGAAGUUAGAGAAGAAAAAUUACUAAAAAAGUCUAGACCAGAUUAGCCAGACUCCUAGUAGAUUGUGUCUUCUUUUUUUCCAGUCUGACAACAACAUGGACAUUUUAAAGCAAGAAAUAGCAAAGAAAAAACAACUUCUUGAGAACAAGUCUUUACUGGCCCCGAAUAAGAAAUAUUUCAAAAGGUCGGAGCUGGUCGAGAAGGAGAGGGAGGAAUACUGGCAGUCCAGCAAGCGGUCCAAGGUGGAAAUUGAUAAAGAGAGAGCCUCGAUUUUGUGCUCCUUUGAUGAGAAUAGCCAGGGUUCAAAUUCAAGCGAUAACCCAGAGGAAGAAAAGAAGAAAGUUAAUCUAUCCAGGAAGGAGGUCAUUCGAAGGUUACGUGAGAGAGAUGAACCAAUCAGAUUGUUCGGCGAGUCAGACUACGAAUCGUUUCUGAGGUUGAGGAAGCUAGAAGUACUCGAACCGGAAGUUAACAAGGGUUUCAAAAACGACUUCCAAGACGCCAUGGACAAGGUGGAUGAAGACUAUGUCAACGAGCUGCUCAAGUCGUCGUCAGAUGGCUCCGAACAGAUGGCAUCACUCGGUGCUGACGUCAAGGUGAAAGACGACGGUACAACGUACGAAGAAGUCCUUAAAAUGUCAGAGGAUUUCGGCAAGGGUAACGCGGCACUGGAUUCUCAGGUCAUGCUCAAGUUUCUCAAGUUAGUACUGAACAUAUGGGGUGAGGAACUCAAUAAGAGGCCACCAGAGGUCAAGAGAAGUCUUAAGGGUAAGGUAGCCAGUGCCACUCACAUGCAGACCGUCGCCUACAUCAAACCUUUAUUCAGGAAACUCAAAAAACAAACCGUCUCUGACGAUAUCUUCGCCUGCCUGGUCGACAUCGUCAAGUUCAUGAUCGAGAGGCAUUAUUUGAAGGCCAACGAAGCCUACCUAGAAAUGGCAAUAGGGAACGCCCCGUGGCCCAUCGGUGUGACCAUGGUGGGUAUCCACGCGCGUACUGGUAGGGAGAAAAUUUUCGCUAAAAAUGUUGCUCAUGUACUGAAUGAUGAAACCCAACGAAAAUACAUCCAAGCCUUGAAGAGAUUGAUGACGCAAGCACAGAAAUAUUUCCCGACCGACCCGUCAAAAAGUGUCAACUUCGAAUCACAGACUAACAAACUUGCAGACUGAACAGAACAUAACUGCAGUCACUUCGUUGAUAGCUGCAAUUUAGCGUUGUACAUUAUUGUAAAUUGUCAUUUGUUGAAUACGUUGUUACAUUACACUGUGCUCAUUUGUGCACAUUCUCGCAUUAUUAUGUGUUUGUCCAAUUUUAAAACUAUAUCUGAUCAAUCACUCUUCGUUUUGCGGCCAGAGACCCGGUUCCCCGAGGUAGGACAUUGAUCAUUUUUUAAAGUUUUAAUUUUUCUGUUAAAGUCUGAUACCGAUAUUUAUGUUUGACCCGAGAACAAGAGGACAUAAUGAAAGAUUAAGAAUGGAAAAAGAAAAAUAUAGAAAAAGUUUUUACAAAUCGUAUUAGUCAAUAACUGGAAUAACUUAUCUCACGAUGCAAUUGAUGCAGAUUUAAAUGUUUUUAAAAACUGUCUAGACACAUUUAUUGGAUAAAUAUUUAACUUGCAUCACAGUCUAUUUUUAUUGUUAUUAUGUUCAUUAAUCAACUCGACCAAAGUCAAUAAAUUUAUGUGAACGUUUA